AUGGGAAAGUGUUUUGAACCGUCGUCGUCUUCUCCAUCAUCAUCGGGCACUUCUUACACUAGCAGAAUAAAAAUAAUGAAACCGGCAAUGGAAGGUGAAUUAGACUUCACUGCCACAGCUUCUCCGCCUGAUCUCCGACUGUCUGACGGCGAUCUAUCUGUUCCUGUCGUGAAACUCUUCGCCAACAACACACACGACGAUAUAGCAUCCCUUAAAUCGCGUAUUCAAUCGACUAACACAAUUUCUGACAAAGCUACAACAAACUGCUACAAGGACUUAUCUUAUCCCGUGAAAAUAAAUCUGGAUGGCUUAUUCGUCGCUGCCCCGAUCGCCGGUGAAGGAAACGGGGCAGAAGUAAAAUCUACACCAGACAUUAAUGGAAGUGAUGGCAUCAAAACUAGUAUUUUACGCUGUGGUACUGAAAUUAAUAGUUCAGUUAAUACUACAACUGGUGGCAUCUCUGGCCACAAUAUUCCUUUUUUUCCCAAAAGUUGCACAAGGUCUGCCAAUGACAGACAAAUCCAAAAUAUUAAACAUGGUUGUAGCAACGUUAACAAGACUAAUGGUGGCAACACUGACCCAGCGGCAGCGCCAUCUCCAAAGAACUUGGAAAAUGGCAGUAGGCAGUGGAAAACUGAAAAUUUGAGUGAUGGACCCAUGUCUGAACAGGUUGAUCGUUUGUCAUCGAUUGAUUUGAAUUCAGACGAUGGCGAUGAUAGUAUCAACAGUGAUAUUACCAAACAAUUGAAUGAAUCUCAAGUGCUCUCAAAUUCCGAUUCAAAAUCCCAUGAGCAUGACCCACAACGGCGGCAGCAACAGCAGAACCAAUUCAGUUCCUUACAUCCCCAAGCUGCAUCUCGUGGUACUCCAAUUUCAGCUGAGGCUAGUACCUUUCAACAGACAUUGUCAACAACUUCGAGCGUGAAAGGAGAUACCAGUCGGAAGGGACGAGAUAAAAAUAUUAAAACACAUCUGGUUAAUAACCGGAGUUUGGAACUACCUCUGACCAAUGGUCUUACACAAAUGGUCGAGAGUAAUUUUGCCGCUGCUGGUGGUGUUACCAGCAUGAGUGUGGGUAGUCAUAACAGUAACAUCGCCACUCCAGGUACUAGUUGUGCCACGACCCCCUCAAUGUCUCCAAUUGAUGAUGUCACUGUUAUGGUUGGCAAAAACGGAAAAUUGUCCACCGUGCUUGAGAACAUUCCGUUACUAUACAUCCCGACCACAAAACAGCUGGUGUCCAAGGACUGGCCACGAGUCACCAAUAUCAGCAACAACCCCCAGCAAGACAUCAAAUAUGUUCCUAUGACUCGCAAGUUUCCAACUGAUGAAGAUUGUCUGAGUAGCACUAAGGAUUAUGCAGAAGUUGAGCCCGGUUUUAGCACCUCGUUGCAUCGAGUUGAUGCUUCAAGUUUGUCCAGUUUAAGUGGGAGGGACUACACAGAAAUUGAUCCUGGUUUGAAUAGCUCGUCACUGCAUCGGGUGGACGCAUCCAGUUUAUCUAGCCUAAGCGGGAGAGAUUAUAGUGAGGUUCGAAUAGGAUCUUUGCACCAGGUGGAUGCUUCCAGCCUUUCCAGUCUCAGUACUGGCACAGAUCUUGCCUGUGGGGGAUCAGUAGGCUCGGACGAUUACUCUGCUGGACCCUCCGGUUGUUCUUCGUCCGGUGUCAACUACCAUGGUGAUGAGCCUCACCAUUCCUCGUGCAGGGGGCUCGAAAGUGGUUUCGGUUGUGGAGCCAAGUCUAAAACCUCCAACCAGAGCAAAGUAGCUGAUUCUUUGGAGUCUAGCCUGGUCGAGGUAAACUUAUUCUCUAGAAAUUCCUAUGAACCAAUAAGGAGUCUAUCUGCUUCGUCGUCAUCGUCUUCAUCGACAUCUCAGGAAAAAAAAGUAGAAAAUCGUGACUUUACAAAGCGCAAGAGCCACGGGAUUACCGGAUUUCUCGGCAGUGCGCCCCACAUCAAUACAUCAUUGGCCAGAAUACAACCUCAACAAUCGCAAGUGAAACUAUCAACUCAGAAAAAUUUGUUUCGACGAAGCAAAGACACUAGCACUAAGCAACAAGCUGAAAGUGCUCCUGGAUGGAAACUAUUUGGAAAGAUCCCACCCAAGGAGUCUGCUCAAAAAGAUGCUAACCAGAUCUCCGAUGAAUACCAUGCAAAACAAAAAGCUAGUCAACUGGUGGCAGCCAGAGCUCGCAAAGAUAUUGAAGUUAUGUCAACAACUGCAUUGAUUUUAGAAAAUAGACCGGGGAAUCUGCCAUCAAAAGCGCCAGAGGAAGAAAGAAAGCACAAACAAGAAUAUGAAGCCAUGGUGGAAGCGGCCAAAAAGAAAGAACAAAAAGAUAUUCGUCAGAAAAAGAAAAAUCUCCAGCAACAACUGAAACAUGAAGAGCAGUUGGUAGCAGCUGCAAAAACCUGGAACAGUGAAGUCCUUCCUAAUUGGGAAGUUACGAAACAAACAAAACGGGCGCGUGAUUUAUGGUGGAAUGGCUUACCCCCCAGUGUACGAGGUCGCGUAUGGAAACUAGCAAUUGGAAAUGAAUUAAAUAUUACCUCAGAGCUCUAUGAAAUCUGUUUGAAUCGUGCCAAAGACAGAAUCAAAUUAUUAAGUGAAGAAUCUCAUGGCUUUGCAGAAAAUUCUGCUGAUCCUCCGUCCAACAAAGAAGCCAGUGUGGAACUCAUAAAACUUGAUGUUUCACGUACCUUUCCUCAGUUUUGCAUCUUUCAGAAAGGUGGACCAUAUCAUGACCUCCUCCACAGCCUUCUUGGAGCCUACGCCUGCUAUCGGCCAGAUGUUGGAUAUGUGCAGGGUAUGUCUUUUUUGGCUGCAGUGUUGCUGCUGAAUAUGGACGUGGCUGAUGCCUUCAUCUGCUUUGCCAAUCUUCUAAAUGGACCAUGUCAGGUGGCCUUCUUCAGGGUGGAUGAAGGAAUGAUGAAAUCAUAUUUUGAUACGUAUGAUGAGUUCUUCCUUGAAAAUAUGCCCCAAUUGCAUCGACAUUUUGAGAAGCAGUGUUUAACUCCAGACAUUUAUAUCAUUGAUUGGAUAUUCACUAUUUUCAGUAGAUCUUUACCCCUUGACGUUGCCUGUAGGGUGUGGGAUGUUUUCUGUCGUGAUGGCGAAGAAUUCCUUUUUAGAACUGCCUUGGGUAUCUUGCAUCUUUAUCAAUCUCUCCUGCUUGAUAUGGACUUCAUCCAUCUUGCCCAGUUUCUCACUAAACUGCCAGAAGACAUUUCAUCAGACCAACUAUUUAGGAACAUUCAAGCUAUCCGACUUUCUAUUGACAAGAAAAAGUUUGCUCAAGUCCUUGCUGGACAUCGAGAGGCAAGGGAACGCUCCGAUUAUUUCUGA